GAGCGACGAUGCGCCCCGGUGACAGCGCCCGGAGCCUCCGCCCGGCCUCCGGGCAGCUGCACUGAGCCCGGCGCGCGGGGCCCGGUCCUCCGCGCUCCCCAGCGCUCUCCGGCGCUCCCCGGCGCUCCCCGGCGCUCCCCGGCGCUCCUCGGCGCUCCUCGGCGCUCCCCGGCGCUCCCCGGCUUUCGCAGUGUACCCCGAACCCGCCGCAGCUAGCGGCCGCCGCGCCUGGGCCAUGGGGCUGCCCACUCUGGAGUUCAGCGAUUCGUAUUUGGACAGCCCGGAUUUCAGGGAGCGAUUGCAGUGUCACGAGAUCGAGCUGGAGAGAACCAACAAGUUCAUCAAAGAGCUGCUGAAGGACGGCUCUCUGCUCAUCGGGGCGCUGAGAAAUCUGUCCAUGGCUGUACAGAAGUUUUCCCAGUCUCUGCAAGACUUCCAGUUUGAGUGUAUUGGAGAUGCAGAAACUGAUGAUGAAAUCAGUAUUGCUCAAUCACUGAAAGAGUUUGCAAGGCUACUUAUUGCUGUAGAAGAAGAAAGGCGUAGACUGAUUCAAAAUGCUAACGACGUAUUAAUUGCACCCCUUGAGAAAUUUCGAAAAGAACAGAUCGGUGCAGCCAAAGAUGGAAAGAAGAAGUUUGACAAAGAAAGUGAAAAAUACUAUUCUAUUUUGGACAAACACCUGAAUUUGUCAGCUAAGAAGAAGGAGUCUCAUUUGCAAGAGGCAGAUUCACAGAUUGGCAGAGAACAUCAGAACUUCUACGAAGCUUCAUUAGAAUAUGUCUUUAAAAUACAAGAGGUUCAAGAAAAGAAGAAGUUUGAGUUUGUGGAACCGCUUUUGUCCUUCCUUCAGGGUUUGUUUACAUUUUACCACGAGGGAUAUGAACUUGCCCAGGAAUUUGCACCGUACAAGCAACAGCUGCAAUUCAACUUGCAGAACACAAGAAAUAACUUUGAAAGCACUCGACAAGAGGUGGAGAGAUUGAUGCAGAGGAUGAAGUCUGCCAACCAGGAUUACAGACCACCCAGCCAGUGGACCAUGGAGGGCUAUCUCUACGUCCAGGAGAAAAGACCACUGGGUUUCACGUGGAUUAAACACUACUGUACUUACGACAAAGGAAGCAAAAUGUUCACGAUGAGCGUCUCCGAUGUGAAAGCCAGUGGGAAGAUGAAUGGCCUUGUUACUGGUUCACCCGAAAUGUUUAAAUUAAAGUCAUGUAUCCGGCGAAAGACAGAUUCCAUUGACAAACGCUUCUGCUUUGACAUAGAAGUGGUCGAAAGGCAUGGCAUCAUUACGCUACAGGCAUUCUCUGAAGCUAACCGGAAACUCUGGCUGGAGGCCAUGGAUGGGAAAGAACCGAUUUACACGCUGCCCGCCAUAAUCAGCAAGAAGGAAGAAAUGUACUUAAAUGAAGCGGGGUUCAAUUUCGUCAGAAAAUGUAUUCACGCUGUGGAAACUCGAGGCAUCACCAUCUUGGGCCUCUACCGAAUAGGAGGAGUAAACUCCAAGGUCCAGAAACUCAUGAACACCACAUUUUCUCCCAAGUCCCCUCCUGAUAUGGACAUUGAUAUUGAGCUGUGGGACAAUAAGACUAUAACGAGUGGGCUGAAAAACUACCUCAGGUGCCUUGCAGAACCACUGAUGACUUACAAAUUGCACAAGGAUUUUAUCAUCGCUGUCAAGUCAGAUGACCAAAACUACAGGGUGGAGGCUGUCCAUGCACUGGUGCACAAAUUGCCAGAGAAAAACAGAGAGAUGCUGGACAUCUUGAUAAAACACCUGCUCAAAGUAUCACUACAUAGCCAACAAAAUCUCAUGACCAUCUCGAAUCUCGGUGUCAUAUUUGGUCCAACCCUGAUGAGAGCACAGGAGGAAACUGUGGCCGCCAUGAUGAACAUCAAGUUUCAGAACAUAGUGGUGGAAAUCCUGAUUGAGCACUAUGAGAAGAUUUUUCAUACUGCCCCAGACCCAAACAUUCCUCUUCCUCAGCCUCAAUCUCGAUCUGGAUCCCGAAGGACCCGAGCCAUUUGCCUGUCCACAGGUUCUCGGAAGCCCAGAGGGAGGUACACACCGUGCCUGGCGGAGCCUGAUAGUGACUCCUACAGCAGCAGCCCAGACAGCACGCCCAUGGGCAGCAUUGAGUCGCUGUCCUCCCACUCCUCUGAACAAAACAGCACCACAAAGUCCACUUCCUGCCAGCCCAGGGAGAAGUCAGGUGGGAUUCCCUGGAUUGCGGCCUCAUCAUCUUCCAAUGGACAGAAAAGUCUGGGUCUCUGGACGACUAGUCCAGAAUCAAGUUCUCGAGAAGAUGCAACCAAAACAGAUGUGGAGUCAGAUUGCCAGAGUGUGGCCUCGGUCACCAGCCCAGGGGAUGUCUCUCCCCCCAUAGACUUAGUCAAGAAAGGACCCUAUGGGCUCUUGGGACUGAAACGAUCCUCUGCUUCCUCCUCUCUCAGAUCUAUCUCUGCAGCUGAAGGAAACAAGAGCUACAGUGGAUCCAUUCAAAGCUUAACUUCCAUAGGCUCCAAAGAGUCACCCAAAUCCACACCAAACCCAGAGCUGCCUCCAAAAAUGUGCAGGAGGUUAAGGCUAGACACUGCCUCCAGCAAUGGCUACCAGAGACCUGGCUCAGUAGUGGCAGCAAAGGCUCAACUAUUUGAAAAUGCUGGGUCCCUCAAGCCAGUUCCUUCUGGACGCCAAGCCAAAGCCAUGUACUCCUGCAAAGCAGAGCACAGCCACGAGCUGUCCUUCCCCCAGGGGGCGAUCUUUUCCAAUGUACACCCAUCAGUGGAGCCAGGGUGGCUAAAGGCGACUUACGAAGGCAGAACAGGACUAGUCCCUGAAAACUACGUUGUCUUCCUCUAAUAGUAUUAGUGGAUGGCAGUAUCUUCAUGGUAUCCAUGGUAACACAUAAUACGUGCUAUAAUUUUAUCUGACACAGAUAUGAGGGACCAGCCACUAAACGAAACAUCUAUGUGUCUCAAGUUUUUCACCAGCAGACUAUGUAGCUCCCAUGAUGGAAAGAGAAACACAGAUAUUUGCAUUAUAGCUCUUCUUUCUGGCUGUUUUCUUUCUUUAAAAUAUGCUUGCUUUUAUUCCCCUUUGGAUAAGAAGUGAUUUUCAACAGAGUCUGCUCUCUAACAGUUGCAGAAUCCUAGAUCCUGAGCUCAAUUUGGAAGUCAGAAAUCUGCUGUACCCACAUUAAGAUCUGUUCCUUAUUGCCUGAUAGUCUCUGAGGAACCUUGAAAUUAUUACUUUAAAAAUGUAAUUUAAAUCCUCCAUUUAUUAUUUUUGUUUUUUUUUUUAAAUAUACUGCUUUUAUGUGUGAUUGUUUUGCUGGUCCUAAACAUUUCAAGAAAGUCAGUCCUUGUUUUAUCAUAACUAUAUUUUAUUUGUUUUCUAAAAUAAUAGUAUUUGAAAGCAAUAAUGUAUAUGAAGUCUGUAAAGUAAGCCGAGUGUAAGUCAAACACUGAUUCUACCGUAAGCAGUCCAUCCAGAAUAUUAGAUGGCUUCUCUGGCUUCUGAGCAAAAGUCAGAGAAACAAGUCUAUAAAGCCUGUAAGUAAAUAAUUUGUUGCAGGCUAGAUUUGACUUGUGAAGCACAGAUGAACAACCCUUCCUUUAGAAGUCAUGUAAACCUAUCUUGAGACUUUUAUAAAAUUUUCCAUUAAAACACACGUGUUAAUAAAUCACAUGUGCAUAUCUUUUGCUUCCUGUCAGUAUUGUGACAUUGUAGUGACCAUUGUGGGUGGUCUGUAAAGGUAUGGGGUAGUAUGCAGGUGGCCCACUUGAAAUGCCAGUGCCUCUAAGUAUUUUAAUGAUGGGGAAGUUUUGGCCUGAGAUGCUCUUGUGCAAAUGAUAAAGGUAUUGUUUGCAAAUCUGAAUUGCGAAACUGUGCCUUCUAAACCUCUUUUAGUGAAAACAGGAAACAAACACCAAAGUAUUCGAUGCUUAGACCACAAUGUCUGCUUUUUAAAAAAAGAUUUAUUUAUUUAUAUGAAUGUUUUGUCCACAUGUGUAUGUACUACAUGUGUGCCUUUUACCCAGGAAAGUCAGGAAGGGGAGGCAGAUAGCCUUGAACUGGAGUUACAGAGGGUACUGAGUUACUAAUAGGACUUGAAAUUGGGACCUCUGGAAGAGCAUCAAGUGCUCCUAACCACUGAGCCAUCUCUCCAGCCCCAGACCACAGAGUUUGAUAGCAAGCCAUCAUUGUUAACAGGAAUGGGGUUUACAAGGUUUUUUUUUCCAAUGGCAUUCAGCCAUACCUUUCCUAUGAACUCCACUGAAUUAUAGGCCUCAUACAGCAGAGAGGUAUUUAUUCUCCAUUAUUAGGUUAUCAACAAAGGGUUCUGUACCAGCCACUUCUUCUAUGGUAACCUAUUUCAACAAUUCCAACAUAUAAUUCCUAUGAAUAUCUACAAUCACAAAAAGCCUUUCUUUUCCAUAGCCUAAAAGGUUGUUUCCCCAGAGCCUCUCCAGGUAGGUAGCUGGUGGCCUCGUUAACCAACUGACUUCUUCGACAUUUUCUUUAGUUCAUAGACACACGGGUGUCUAAAGAGCUGCCAAGCUGUUGUUACAUGUUAUAGGCUAUAGUCUCAGUUCAUUCUGCAUUACAUCAGUAUUUCUAGAGAAAAUAAGCAGAGAAUACACACGAUGCCGUGCAUCACUGCAUUUAUGCUUUUAAAUGGAAUAAGAUAAUGGAUUAGAGCUAAUGAGUAGAGAGUAACAGUCGGCAGGCAUGCAUCCAGAAAUAACACCAGUGAACUGAAGGCAGUGAGUGGAAAGCAUCUCAUAAAGACUAUGAUGUGAUAGGAAACUGGUGAAAGUUUGGCUCUUUCCUUUUCUUUCCUCCUUAUUCUAGUCUCUGCUCACUGCAGCGAGGUAUUGCUAAACCCCUUGGUCAAGGUGGGUACCUGGUGGCUUUUACUAUACUAAUGAUAUUGCUGUCUCUAACCAUUUUCUAGGACAGAAGGUAUCCUUUACAAGGGCUACCUAUACCAGGGCUUUCUGUUGAAGUCCUUUGUCAUCAGCCUCUUGCAUCACAUUAGAUCAGGACCCCUGAAGGGAAGCUGCUUUGCUCUCAAAGACCAACUUGACAGUAAAGAUCCAAUAUGGUUCUCCACUGCUGCUGCACAAAGAAAUCCCAACUUUUCAUUUUAUUUUAAUGUAGACCCGAACAUUCCUGCCUCCCAAUUGUCUGUGAGCUAGCCCACAGAUGCUUACUGAGGGCGUAGAGCUUUGUGGGAUAUGGGUAUGGAAUUCUGCUCUCCUUUCUGAUGGUGAGAUCUACUCUGUGUCAUUAUUUGUUGAGGCUCCUUUCCCGAAACAAGACAUAAACAUGCUGGUUCAUGUUGCACUUGUGCUUGCAAUUGUAACUUUUUAGUUUUUUUUUCUUCAUGUUAAUUACAUAUGUAAGGAAAUCAUGAUAUAUGGGAGAGAGGCUAAGGGCGAUUUCCCGCUGAAGUAAGUAUCCUACAGACAUAAAGCAUGCGAAGAUGAAGGCGUGUGUUCUGGAGUGAAUGGAAGGUGUUCUGGGCAGGAGAGCAUUGUCGGUGCUGGAAGAGUCACAUCUGAAACUGUGAUACUGUUGAUGCCAUGAAGAACCUUACCUAUUCAGAGACAAUAGGAUGUGUUAGAACUGUCAGAGCCACACUCUGAAAGCUACAAUAUACACCCAAAUAAAUGCCUAUAGUUUGAUCAAUGUAACGAUGGCUCGGGGGUUGAUGUGAUCCCUUGGGUGUUCUGUGCAAGUAUCCUUGGGUUUGAAACACUGAUGUUUGACAGGUGGCUUGUGCUGCCAUCGCAUUCCAUCACGUGUUAGUCAUUCAACUGAACGAUUUUCUUAAUGUAUUGUGUGUCAGUAUCUGAAAAGUAAAAUAAACUUUCAGUCUCUGCCUGGGUC